AGUGUGGACUGGUAGAUUUGUGCAGAGAAUGUGUCUAUGAUGGGAGUAUAAAGGUGUCUUGCAGAGCCAUUCAGCUUUUCACCAAUAUAGCUAUUUACAUGCACGAGGAACAGAAGAACAGCAUUGUUUGUGAAGAAGCCCAUUGCGCUGCUCUUAGUCUACUUCAGUGUGUGAUCAGUGCCUCUCAGGUAGAUGAAUCUAAUGGAAAUGAUGAGAGCAUUGUUCCAAGUGGGCUUCGCAUGUGUUUGGUCUGUGCAGUCCUCCUGUCUCGGACAAACCCAGAUAUAAUGUGCGAUUUGGCCACUACUCUCACGGAUGCAUUAGCAGAUAAUAUGCUUUCAGUCUGUGGAUGCCAGCUUAUCUGCGAAGCGCUAGCGUCUUUAGGAGGAACGCACGGAGAUGUUCUCACCCCUCAUCUUGUUACUAUUCUGAAAUUCAUCCAGAAGUAUACUCAUGAAGCUCCCCUCAGUUCACACAAAACAAAGCUGUUGGUAACACUGGUUACAUUAGUAAUGCAAAUAUUCCAUGGCCAUGUAUGGUCAACUCAAGCAAGAUCUGCAGUUGUAGCCGCUAGUAAAUGUGUCAAUCAGUGGGCUGCAUUUUGUAUGGCUCGGCAAGCCUCCAGGUAUGGACAUCACAGCUUAGCAGGUGGAAUUUAUGUUUUGCUGAGUUGGAGGGUAUGUUCUGACCAGCAGCAUUUCUGGGUGUCAGCACUGACUGAACUCAGCUCUGGUGAAGCUAGCACCAUAGCAUUUACAGAAAGAGCGGGAGAGAGAGCGGAUAAUAGAGACAGAGCCGACAGUCUCACAAAAGCAAACUCUCAUUUGCACAGAGCACUUUCAUCUCUCAAGGCUGCAAGCACAGCAAGUCAGCCAAUGACCUUCUGUCAAGAAUAUGUCAGACUUCGCGCAGAAACUUUCAUGUGCCACGCUCAGUUACUUCACGCAUGUCUCUCUCUACGGACUGCCCCUCCCCCUGCAAUUGCAGCAUCUCUAGCAACUUCGGCAAGGGAUGAUUUGCUCAGGUGUGGUAGAGUUUCUCAGCAACUUGCCAAGUCAGCCAGGGAUUUUAAUAACUUGGCUUCACAGUAUGGAAAUCUGUAUCAGUCUGUAUUUGAUGCAGAUCCCCAGACUUUGUGCAAUAUUGCACUAUUGCAGCAGGGGUCAUUAUUAGUGGCCCAAGGUAUUGAGAUCAUUACAAGACCAUCUGCUGGCCAGUUAACUGACGAUUACACGGGACCUGACUUGACCACCAUCACCAGCAAACUUGGCUGUGGGGAUUCCGUAGAGACACACACCCUUAUUGCUACCCUUGAGGAGGCUACUUCCAUGGUGCGCCGACUGGCUCAGGUGUGCUGUGAAGUGAAACCUGUACGAGAGCAACAUCUUCAACUGUUGCAAGGAAUUUCUGAAGUGUUGACAAGCGUACCACUACCAUAUCCAAGAUUCUUCUUCCAAACUUUACAGAAGACCACAAUUACUUUAGCGUUGCUCCCACAACCUAGAACACCUGGAGACCCUAUAUCAGUUCAGACAUCAUCACAGCUGGCAAUUAAAGUAGAAGGUGUUAUUGGACAUGGUAAACGACCAGGUCUUUUCAGAUCUGUUCAUUCAGUUACAUUGACUGUGAAUUCCACAAUUCAGAACCGCCCUCAGCAUACGUUGGAUGUUAAGACUGAGCCCAAUGAAACUCUUACACAGACUGUUGAACCUCAUAAUGACUUUUUUGCAGCGCAAUUUCUUCUCGGUUUUCCAAUCCCUGGUCUCUAUCAGGUGAGUGUCGACACAUCGGUGACAGAUGAUAACGACGAUGCUUGGCAAACGGGCCCAAGACACACGCUAAAUGUUAGAUCCCAGGAAGAUCCUUCUAGUAAAGCCAGUGUACCACAAGCUCCGAGGCCUGCACCACCAAGCCAGUACAUUCCACCUGCUGCACAGGGGGCGUCUAUUCCCCCGCCAGGCGUCAGUACUUUACCACCUCCCACACCGGGGACGAGUGGACCUCCGGCACCACCUGCACAGCAGUUCAGUAUCCCAAGACCUGGAUUACCAUAACUUGCAGUUGAUGUGCUAAAUUUAAAAUUAUGUAUUUUUUACAAAGAACUAUAAAACUAUUUUAAAA